AAUACCUCAUUAUGCGAAUCGAUAACCUAAGUUAGAGUAAGGAGGAAGGCGAAGAUGCAGAUUUUCGUGAAAACCCUAACCGGGAAGACCAUCACUCUCGAGGUCGAGAGUAGCGACACCAUCGACAAUGUCAAGGCUAAGAUUCAGGACAAAGAAGGAAUCCCUCCCGAUCAGCAGCGGUUGAUUUUUGCCGGGAAGCAGCUCGAAGAUGGCCGUACCUUGGCUGAUUAUAAUAUCCAGAAAGAAUCUACGCUUCAUCUGGUGUUGAGGCUUAGGGGAGGAAUCAUUGAGCCUUCUCUCAUGGCUUUGGCUCGCAAGUACAACCAAGACAAGAUGAUUUGCCGAAAAUGUUAUGCCCGAUUGCAUCCAAGGGCCGUAAACUGUCGGAAGAAGAAGUGUGGUCACAGCAAUCAGUUGAGGCCUAAGAAGAAGAUUAAGUGAGCUCUUAUGAAGAUCGUUUUCUAUGCUGCAAGAGCUUGAUCCAUGGUUUCUGACUCAUACAUUUGCUUUUUUUUUUGUUGGAGUUAUUAGUAUUCUUCUAUGUCCAUUCUAGAACAGUGGUUGAUCUACUUAAAUGGGAACCAAAUUUGUUGAAGGAAUUGAAGAUGAAUUCCAUAACUGGAAAACUAGAGGUGCAAUCUUAUGUUUUCAUUCUUCAGUUAUUUUAUCUAUGGAUUCUCAUAUCAUGCUUAUAA